AUGGAAAAAUGUGACGAGGCAUUGGCCACAUCGCUUCCCCAUAGUGCAUUCACCAGCUCAUCAGUCUUCACCGGUGGCUAUGCUCCUGGAUAUGCCAAACUGAACAGGAGAGGAGGUGCUGGAGGCUGGUCUCCUCUGGACAGUGACCAUUACCAGUGGCUUCAAGUGGACCUGGGCAUUAGGAAACAGGUCACAGCCAUAGCAACCCAGGGCCGAUACAGCAGCUCUGAUUGGACAACACGCUACCGGUUACUGUACAGUGACACGGGCAGGAACUGGAAACCGUACCAUCAAGAUGGGAACAUAUGGGCGUUUACAGGUAACUCCAACACAGAGAGUGUGGUGCGACACGACCUGCAGCACGCCAUCGUGGCCCGGUACCUCCGCAUCAUCCCUCUGGACUGGAGUGAAGAGGGUCGGAUAGGUCUCCGGAUCGAAAUCUAUGGCUGUCCAUACUGGGCCGAUGUGAUUAACUUUGACGGCCAGGGGGUGAUCUCGUACCGUUUCAAAAUGAAGAAGAUGAAGAUCCUGAAGGACGUGAUAGCUCUGAAGUUUAAGACGGCGGAGAGCGAGGGGGUGAUCCUGCACGGUGAAGGCCAGCAGGGAGACUACAUCACGCUAGAGCUGCAUAGAGGCAGACUGCUGCUGCAGAUAAACCUGGGCAGUAAUCAGUACGGCUCCAUCCUGGGCCACACGUCGGUGACCAGCGGCAGCCUGCUGGAUGACCAUCACUGGCACUCAGUAGUGAUUGAGCGCUACAGACGAAAUGUCAAUUUCACCCUUGACCAGCACACUCAGCAUUUCCGCACCAACGGCGAGUUUGACCACCUCGACCUGGACUAUGAGCUGACUUUUGGAGGAAUGCCCUACUCCGGAAAACCCAUCUCAGGAGGCCGGAGAAACUUCAAAGGCUGCAUGGAAAGCAUCAACUACAACGGGGAUAACAUCACUGACCUGGCCAGGAGAAAGAAACUGGACACGUCCAGCUUUCGCAACCUGACGUUCUCCUGUGUGGAUUCUCACACCUUCCCUGUCUUCUUCAACGCCACCAGCUUCCUGCAGCUUUCAGGCAGAAGAGAACACAACAUGGUGUCUGUGGGCUUCCAGUUUCGAACGUGGAACCCAAACGGCCUUCUCCUCUUCAGCUCUCUGGCGGACGGCAUGCUGGAAAUCUCUCUGAACGACGGAAAAGUCACGGCACACAUCAACGUCACCCAGCAGAAGAACUCGCGCGUCGACAUUGCAUCAGGUUCAGGGCUGAAUGAUGGAGAGUGGCACGAUGUCCGCUUCUUGGCCAAAGAGAACUUUGCCAUGCUGACCAUUGAUGGUGAUGAAGCUUCAGCUGUGAGAACCAACGCCCCCAUCCAGAUCACCACAGGAGGAACAUACCACUUUGGAGGUUAUUUCUUGCGGACACAGGCCUCUCCAUCCCAGCGUUCCUUUCAGGGAUGUAUGCAGCUCAUCCAGGUGGAUGAUCAGCUAGCUGAUCUGAAUGCUGUGGAGCAGGGCAGGCUGGGAGCCUUUGAGAACGUCAGCCUGGACAUGUGUGCCAUCAUCGACAGAUGUAUGCCCAAUCACUGUGAGCAUGGAGGGCGAUGCACUCAAACCUGGAACAGUUUCAGCUGCUCUUGUGAUGGGACGGGUUACACUGGAGCUACCUGUCACACAUCUGUGUAUGAACAGUCAUGUGAGGCUUAUAAACACCUGGGUAGAUCUUCGGACCUGUACUGGAUUGACCCCGACGGCAGUGGACCUCUAGGACCCUUCAAAGUCAUCUGCAACAUGACAGAGGACAAGGUGUGGACGACGGUGGUGAACAACCUGCCAGCUCAGACGUCAGUGACUGGCUCCAGCAGAGAGCGGCGCACGGUGCUGCAGCUGAACUAUAGCGCCACCAUGGAGCAGAUUAGUGCCAUCACCAGCAGCGCCGAACACUGUGAGCAGCAUGUCGCAUACAGCUGCCGCAUGUCACGCCUGCUCAACACACCAGAUGGGACUCCAUACACUUGGUGGGUUGGCAGGGGCAAUGAGAAGCACUUUUACUGGGGCGGUUCUGCACCUGGCAUCCAGAAAUGUGCCUGCGGCAUCGAGCGCAACUGCACUGACCCUAAAUAUCACUGCAACUGUGACGCAGACCAGAAACAAUGGCGAGAAGACUCCGGGCUGCUGGUGUACAAGGACCACUUACCUGUCAGCCAAGUCGCUGUAGGAGACACUAAUCGACCCGGAUCAGAGGCCAAGCUGACCGUGGGACCUCUGCGUUGUCAAGGAGACCGUAGUUACUGGAAUGCUGCUUCCUUCAACACACCUUCAUCCUACCUGCACUUCUCCACUUUCCAAGGAGAAACCAGUGCAGAUAUCUCCUUCUACUUCAAAACCUCCGCUCCCUACGGCGUCUUUCUGGAGAACCUGGGCAACACUGACUUCAUCCGCCUGGAGCUGAAAUCCCCGACAGUGGUGUCUUUCUCGUUUGAUGUUGGGAACGGCCCAGUGGAGCUAAACGUCCACUCUCCUACUCCGCUGAACGAUGACCAGUGGCACAGGGUCAGCGCUGAGAGGAACGUUAAAGAGGCCAUUCUGCAGCUGGACCAGCAGUACAGAGAGGUCCGACCUGCACCAGAGCAGGGACACACACGCCUGGAGCUGUACAGCCAGCUGUAUGUGGGGAAGCCGGCGUCUUGGGCCUGUCAGGACAGUGCAGCCGGAGGACAGCGAGGUUUUCUCGGAUGUAUCCGCUCUCUCAAGAUGAACGGCGUGACCCUUGACCUUGAAGAGAGAGCCAAAGUCACUCCGGGAGUUAAACCGGGGUGUUCUGGUCACUGCACCAGUUUCGGAAUGUACUGCCGUAACGGAGGGAAGUGCGUGGAGAAAUACAACGGCUACUCGUGCGACUGCAGCGGCACGGCUUACGACGGACCCUUCUGCACCAAAGAUGUUGGUGGUUUUUUUGAAGCUGGAACGCUGGUUAGGUACAACCUGGUGCCGGAUGUGGUGGCCGCAGCCUCCAGCAUGGACGGUAAAGAUGUGGUCCAGUCGCUGCCUACAGAAACCAACCUGACCCGAGAGGACGUGGCCUUCAGCUUCAGCACAUCCAGCGCGCCCAGCGUCCUCCUCUACAUCAGCUCCAAAACACAGGACUACAUGGCAGUGGUGCUGCGCCAAAACGGUACUCUGCAGUUGCGGUAUAACCUUGGUGGAUUGCGGGAGCCCUUCACUGUUGAUCUGGAUCAACGAAAUCUGGCCAACGGUCAGCCACACAGUGUCAACAUCACACGCAUAGAGAGAGACAUCUAUGUCCAGCUGGACCACUAUCCCUCAGUCAGCUACACUCUGCCUGAAGCCUCAGACAUUCAGUUCAACCUGGUCAAGACACUAUUCCUAGGAAAAGUCUUUGAGACAGGUCAGAUUGAUCCUGUGCUGAUUGAGAAAUACAACACUCCAGGGUUUGUAGGCUGUCUGUCCAGAGUGCAGUUUAACUCCAUCGCUCCACUGAAAGCUGCCCUCAGGACGCAGGCUCCAGCACCAGUCUCACACCAGGGCAAGCUCGUGGAGUCCAACUGCGGAGCAUCACCACUGACCAUUCCACCAAUGUCCGCUGCCACUGACCCCUGGCACCUGGAUGGAGGUGCUGAUUUCCCUUUCAAUGAGGAGCGAGUCAUACCAGAUGGGGUCAACAGGAACUCAGCAAUAAUUGGAGGCAUUAUUGCUGUGGUGAUCUUCACCAUCCUGUGCACCCUGGUGUUCCUGAUCCGCUACAUGUUCCGCCACAAAGGCACCUACCACACCAAUGAGGCCAAAGGUGGAGAGUCCUCCGAAUCGGCUGACACGGCCAUCAUCGGAACCGACCCCAACUUUACAGAGACCAUCGAUGAGAGCAAGAAAGAAUGGUUCAUCUAACCCCGCUGUGGUCAGAAUGUACGGACUCCUUCAGACUCGAUCAGAGCGAGCCGGAAAACUCGGCGGUGGUUUCGCGUUCAAAGCUGAGAAAUGAACCAGACUGUACAUACUGAAUAGCUCGUCAAUACUUUCUAUUGUGGUUGGGCGUUUGAAGAGUCCUUUACAUAUUUAAUCGCUAAAUCAUGUGUGAACAAAGCAUUUAUUCUUGAUUUUUUAACUUUCGUUAAAUUUGAGACCUUCAUAAUUGCCAGUUUGUUUUCAUUUUUACAUUUAUAUUUUUUUGUAUUUCAUGUCUGAUUAUAUUGCUUAUGUCAAUCCUACAAUCUUUCAAAGCAAUUCUUGCGCGCAGUGUUCCUGAAUGACUAAAUGCCACUCUAUAUGAAUCUUAUUUGCUUCACAGAAUAUACGAGACAGAGAUUUUAUUUUGCAAUGACGUUGGAUUGUAUCAGUAUUUCAGAGGGAAACUGAGGCAUGCACUGUAAGAGCAUCUUGAAAAACAAAAUUAAGUCCAACUUCAGUGCUGCUUUCCUUCUUCUGCACUCAUAAAAA